ACCCUGUAUAAUGAAUUAAAAAUAAACCUUACUAUUCCAGAUAACAAUGAUGAGAAUUUGGUAGACAGUAAUUAUAAUGAUGAUGAUGGGGAUUUUUUUUAUGAAUUAGAAUCAAACUCUACACAAGUUGAUGUAGAAGACGAUGAUGAACCAAUAUCUUUUGAUCGAGAAAACGUUCAGGCAAGGUGGGGCGGCGGAUCUAGCUCUUUAUCAGCAGUGAAUAGGAAG